UUCUGUUGAACAAGAUCCCAGCAUGUAGCAUAUCACCAUUGUUCAAGGUACGUUGGUAAAUUAUACAAUAAACAAGUUAUGGAUCGCAGUUUUAAUAAGGUAACAAAACAAUUUGUUAAAACGAAAAUAGCUCUUAAGCAUUAAUUUAAGCAAUCAAUGUUAAAAAGUGUUUUCUUUCUCCGAUUCACAACAUUAAACUUAUAAUAAUGAUUUGAGCUGUUGGGUCAGAUUUAACAGGAUGUUCUUUUUUUCACAUUAACCUUAACAAGAAGGCAUCAAGAACAGAAAUCAAUACAUCAAAGAGCUUAUGAUACAACCUAAAUUUCACACAUUUCCACAUAAUGUUUGGAUUCAUCGGUUUGAAAAUCUGAAUAAAGAGUAACUCUAAAGAAACUAAAAAGGAAAUCAUUAAAUAAAAUCCAGAAAUUAAAACCUGCUUAUUAGCACUACAAAUAUAAUGGUCUAAUUCCUAUUGAUCUGAACCAACAGACAAUUAUUUUUUGAUUAGUAUCGCUGAUACGUGUAUUCUACAGUAUAUGCUAUCUUAUUUAUCCCAAAUUUUCCUGUUACUGCUUGUCACUGUUUUUGUUACUGCUGUCUAUUAAUAUGUUCAUCACGAAACUGUGUUUGUAAAAAAGCUGUAAAACCAGUUCAUUUGUUUUUGUUUUGCAGAAGGAUACCACCCACAUUCUCAAAUGAUUGAAAAGCAUCUUGCAUUAUUCAACAGAAGUGCAAAAGAGACAUUAUCAUUAAUGCAGGUUAACAAUACGAUCAUAAAAUAACUUGAAAAAUCUAGAGGACAUUACAGUGUUUAUCAUCAUCGAUAUACUCUGCAGUGAGAAAUCACAGAUAUAGUUUUGAGGUUUUAUUGCUAUCCUUAUACUGUAGGUCCUCAUAAAUGUUAGUCACUUGUUUAAUUCAAUGAUUUGUUCGCCGAACAAUUAAUGGAACACUUAAAGACUAAUCAGUUGCUUUAUCCACAGCAGUUUGGAUUUAGAAACAGAUAUUCCACAGAAACAGCUAACUGCUAUCUGCUAGAGAAAAUAUAAGCUUACUUGGAUGGGAGACAGCAAUGGGUUAGGAUCAACGGAGUAAAAUCCUAAUUGUGUGCCAGUAAUCUGGGAGUUCCUCAAGGGUCUGUACUUGGCCCGUUGCUGUUUACAAUGUAUGUAAAUGACCUUCAGAAUUGCUGUCCGGGUGUCAUCUGUCAGAUGUAUGUAGUUUAUGUGUCCACUACAGAACCCAGCUUGGCAGGGGAGCACCUGACCCAGGCAUUACAGAAUAUCACUAAAUGCUUUGAGUUGUCACAUUUCACUGUUAAUGUUAAGAAAACAGUUUCCAUGUGCUUCUCUAUUCACAAUAGACCUGUUAAGGAUGUAUUUGAGGUGCGGAUUAAGAAUGAUGUAAUUGAACUGUGAAUGAAUUCAAGUACCUUGGCAUCAUUUUGGAUAAUAAUUUUAAAUUUUAUAGUCAAAUUAAACACAUCUGUAAAAAGGUCAAACCAAAUCUGAAUCGUUUCCGUUUCAUUGGGAUUGGUUUCUCAUGUAAAACUGCAAAGCUAUAUAUGCAUGCAAUGAUAUUUUCACAUCUAUCAUAUUGCAUCACAACAUGGUCACAAGCAUCCACAACCAAGUAAAGCCUAUUAUUUCAAUAUACAAACAGGCAAUAAAGGUUAUGGAUCAGAACCCUAUGAGAUGGCAUCACUGUGAUGUUGUACAAAAGCAUGAUCUUUUUAGUUUCAACAGUUUCAAAAAUUGAUGUUUAAAUGUUUGAAUAAUCAAGUGUCACCACUGUUUUCUGAACUAAUCAGUAGGCGACAGAGCUCUCGUAGAGCAAAUGCACAAGCUACUGUUAGUGGUGACUGUCUUGUUCCAAAGUAUAAGACCUCUCUUGACCAGUCUACCUUUUCUGUAAAGGGGCCUAAACUUUGGAAUUUUUUACCUACUAAUUUAAAAUUACAGACAGAUGGCAAUGCUUUUAAUAGAAUACUUAAACAGUGGCUGAAAACAAAACAGCAGUGUCUAUAUAAACAGCUUAUUAUUGGAUUUAUGUUCAAUCAUGUUGCCUUUGCUUUAUAGCUUUCGAAAUUUUGAAUACAUUGCUCCUUAAAUUUUAUUUAUUUAUUUAUUUAUUACUUUUAAUGUGUUAUUAGUAAUGUUGUUAUUAUUAUUUUUAAUUAUGUGUAAUUUUAUUAUUAUUAUUGUUGUUGUUGCACCUGUGGACAGGUGUUGAAAAUUAGCAUGCAUGCUAAAACAUUCAAACAAAGCAUAUGGUUUGUCCAAUGUAAUUUUGAUGUCCAUGUCAAAUAAACAUUAACAUUAACUUGUUUGUGUUUUUGUAGAGGCCUGAGGUCGGUUUCUCAUUAUAGAGAAUAGAGAGAUCAUUGCUUCUGAAAUGAAACAGAAGAAGAGAAAGAGACCAAAAAUGUCCUCAGCAUCUCCAGAAGCCAGUGUUGUGUCUCUGAAGAGUAACGACUCCUUGCCUAUCCCGCCUGAAUUCAGUGAUGGAGCAGCAACAUCUGACUUUCUAUCGGAGAAUCAGAGAGGAGCUCGUCCAGAAGCCAGUGUUGUGUCUCUGAAGAGUAACGACUCCUUGCCUAUCCCGCCUGAAUUCAGUGACGGACCAAUAACAUCCAACUCUCUCCAUGGAUCAAACAUUAGACGUAAACCUGAUGUUCUGUCUGCAGACGUGCAUCAGGAAUGUCAAGAUGAAUCAGUGGAUGAUGUUCUCCAGAGAGUGAAAGACAAACACAAAAGCAUCAUGAAGAACAAGUAUGAGAGUUUAUUUGAGGGAAUGAAAGCACAAGAGAAUCAAACGCUCCUGAAGAGAAUUUACACACGGCUGUACAUCAGAGAGGGAGAGAGUGAAGGAGUGAAUGAAGAACAUGAGGUUUUACACAUGGAGAAACAGCCCAGAAGAACACAAGACUUACAAGACACUCCAAUCUACUGCAAUGACAUCUUCACACCUCAAUCUCAUCAAAGACACAAAAUCAAGAGCGUUCUUACUAAAGGCAUCGCUGGAAUUGGAAAAACAGUCUCUGUGCACAAGUUCAUUCUGGAUUGGGCCGAGGGAACAGCCAAUCAGGACGUAGAUUUCAUGUUCCUGCUUCCGUUUCGAGAGCUGAACUUGAUUGGAGAGCAUCGCUACAGUCUUCACAAACUUCUGCUGGACUUUCAUCCUGAACUUCAAGAUGUGGACUCUCAGAUUUAUGAGGAGUGUAAAGUUGUGUUCAUCUUUGAUGGUCUGGAUGAAAGCAGAAUGACACGGAUGUUUUCAGACCACAGUGAGAAAGUUUCUGAUGUGACGGACGCUUCAUCAGUGGCCGUGUUGAUGUCAAACCUCAUGAAAGGAGAUCUGCUUCCCUCCGCUCUCAUCUGGAUCACCUCCAGACCAGCAGCAGCCAAUCAGAUCCCCUCCAAAUACAUCACGCGUGUGACAGAAAUCCAGGGAUUCGACGACGCUCAGAAGGAGGAAUAUUUCAGGAAGAGAAUCAGCGACGAGCAUCAAGCCAGCAGAAUCAUAUCCCACAUUAGAAGAGCGAGAAGCCUCCACAUCAUGUGUCACAUACCGGUCUUCUGUUGGAUCUCCUCCACUGUGCUUCAGAAGAUCCUGACACAAGAUCACAGUGAAGAAAUCCCCAAAACUCUGAGUGAAAUGUACAUCCACUUCCUGCUGAUCCAGAUGAAGAUGAAGAAUGAGAAGUAUGAUCCAGAGAGAGAUCCAGAGAUCAACAGAGAAGUGAUAGUGAAACUGGCUGAAGUGGCUUUCAAACAGCUGAUGAAGGGCAAUGUGAUGUUCUAUGAGGAGGAUCUGAGAGAGUGUGGGAUAGACAUCACUGACGCCUCGCUGUAUUCUGGCAUCUGUACUGAGAUCUUUAAGGAGGAAUCUGUCAUUCAUCAGAGGAAGAUCUACAGCUUCAUACAUCUCAGUCUUCAGGAGUUCCUCGCGGCGUUCUACGUGUUUUACUAUUAUGUCAGUGAAACUAUGAAGGGACUGAAGGAUUUUGCUUCAGUAAAGAAUCUGCUUGAAGGUGCCGUAGAUGAUGCCAUUGAGAGUGAAACUGGUCAUCUGGAUCUUUUCUUGAGGUUUCUGAUGGGCAUCUCACUGGAGUCCAAUCAGAGACUCUUACAGGAUCUACUGACACACACGGUGGACACCUCACAAACCAUCAAGAAAACCACACAGUACAUCAAAGAUCAAAUCAAGAGUAAUGAUGGUCUGUCAGCUGAAAGAUCCAUCAAUCUGUUCUUGUGUCUGUAUGAAGUGAAAGAUCAGACUCUGUACAGAGAGAUCGAGGAGUUUGUGAGAUCAGACAAACACUCAGAGAAGAAACUCUCGGCCGCUCACUGUUCAGCAAUAGCCUACAUGCUUCAGAUGUCAGAGGAGGUGAUGGAUGAGUUUGAUCUGAAGAAAUACAACACAACACAGGAGGGCAGAAGAAGACUCAUACCGGCUGUCAACAACUGCACAAGAGCUCUACUUGCUGACUGUAAUCUCACAGUUGAGUCUUAUAAAAUCAUCUCUUCCGCUCUUCAGUCCUCCGAGUGUCCUCUGAGAGAUCUUGAUGUGAGUAACAAUGAUCUUCAGGAUUCAGGAGUGAAGCUGAUCUCUGAUGCUCUCAACAACACAAACUGUCAACUACACACACUGAGGUUAUCAGGUUGUAUGGUGACAGAUGAAGGAUGUUGUUAUUUGGCUUCAGCUCUGAGUUCAAACCCGUCACACCUGAGAGAACUCGACCUGAGCUACAAUCACCCACAACACUCAACACUUCAGCUGCUCGCUUAUCAAAGUGAUCCAAACUACACACUCAACAAACUCAAUUUGGACCAUGGAGGACUUUGCAGGCUCAAACCAGGAUUACUCAAAUAUGCGUGUGAUCUCCCACUGGAUCCAAACACAGCAUACUUUCACCUCAUACUGUCUGAGAACAACAGAAAGGUCACAAAUGUGAAAGAGCGUCAGCCGUAUCCUGAUCAUCCAGACAGAUUCAACGAAGUUCCUCAGGUGUUGUGUCGAGAGAGUCUGACUGGACGCUGUUACUGGGAGGCUGAAUGGAGCGGCUGGACCCGUAUAGCAGUGACAUAUGAAGGAAUCAGCAGGAAAGGAGGGAAUAACUGUACGUUUGGACUUGAUGAAAACUCCUGGAGUCUUUUCUGCAAUGAUAAAGGAUUCAACAUCCGGCACAAAGAUGAAAACAUUAGCAUAUCUGCCCCUUCACCUCAAUCUAAUAGAGUAGGAGUGUAUGUGGACAGACCGGCCGGCGCUCUGUCCUUCUACAGCGUCUCUGACACACACACACUCACACACUUACACACAUUCAACACAACGUUCACUGAAGCGCUAUACGCUGGGUUUACAGUUCAGCAGGGACAUGUCAGAAUCAGGGAUGUCAUGAAUAACCAGCUUAGCAAAUAACAUUUUUGUUCUAGGUUUUAAAGACAACCCUUACGAACAUUUACCAUGGUUUUACUACAGUAAAAACCAAAAAAACAUUGUUACUACACUUGUACCACAAAAAAACAUUUUUUAUAAGUGAAGUGAAAGUGAUAAGGGAAACAAGUUCAAUAAAACUAUUGCAAUAAAAAUGUACAACAUGCAUAAAUACUGUGAACUACUGUACACAAAUGAAGCAUAUUCAGAAUAUUAUUAAUUAUUAAUAUAUAUUCAGAAUUCAUAUACAGAAUGUGUGAAUAAAUGUGGAUACUUAUUCAGUAACAUAAACUCUUUAAUAAACUCUCUGCUCUUAUUAUUAUUGUUAAUAAAAUCAAGCAAAAAG